GUAUCAGAACAUGGAUUUUGGCGCGUAAUAUUAUCUUUGUAAUAAGACAUCCAACUACCAAAUCCCAGUAAUAUUACUAUUUAUCAAUUCCUAAUUUUAUAAAAUACUUAUUCAAUCUUCAAUAUUUUUAUUUUUACCCUAAUUGUUCGGCAUUCAAAAAUCUGUAUUGAAUUCAGUGAAUGAUUUGGAUUAAUUGGCGCAUUGAAACAUAGCUGAAGGUUAGAAAAGAAUAAUUUCAACAAAAAUGUCUAAGAGAAAACAAGUCAGUGCAGAGGAAAAACGAACCAGGAUGUUGGAUUUAUUUCAUGAAAAAAAAGAUUUUUACCAGCUCAAAGAAUUAGAAAAAAUUGCGCCAAAAGAAAAACAAAUAAUAGUGCAAUCAGUAAAAGAUGUCAUUCAAAAUUUAGUGGAUGAUGGUUUAGUUGAUACUGAUAAAAUAGGAACAUCGGUAUAUUUUUGGUCUUUUCCAAGCAAAGCAAAAAUGGCUAAGAAAAAUGUAUUAGAUAAUGCCAAAACAAAAUUGGAAGAAUAUGAAAAAAAGCUCAACAAAAAUUUAGAAAUUAUCAAAAAAGAAAAAUUAGGAAAAGAGAUAACAGAUGAAAGACAAGCACUCUUGAACAAACUCAAGGCACUCAAUGAAGAAAAAUCAUGUUUAGAAAGCGAACUAAAGAAAUAUGAAGAUUCCAAUCCAGUCGAGUAUGAGCGAAUGAAAAAAAGUAUAGAGGUGGCCAAGGAAGCAGGAAACCGUUGGACGGACAAUGUUUUUUCAGUUAAGUCAUGGUGCAAGAAGAAGUUUUUCUUAGAAGACAGCGUCAUCGACAAACAGUUUGGAAUUCCAGAAGACUUGGACUAUAUAGAAUAAACGAUAAUUUGCUCAGCAAACCAUGCAUACUACAUUACUACUUACCAUGUAAUUAAUGUUCCCUUGGAGACGUGAACCAUGUUCUCACAAUUUUUCAAAAUAUAAUAAAACCUUAAAAUGCC